AGCCCCCGGGCGCGGGGUGGGCGGGGAGGCCGGCCGGCCGGGAGCUUCUCCCGCACGGAGCGGGAGGACGGGCAAAACUUUGCUCCCCGGCUGCGGCGCGGCGCCAGGAGAGGCGAGGGGGAAUGGGCCCCGAAGCGCUGCCGCUCGGCCCCUACGGCGGGGCGGCCGCCGCCGCGCUGCUACUCUGCGCCGUGUGCGUGCUCUGCAGGAGGAAAAGGAAGACAGGAGAGCCCCCACUAAUAAAUGGCUGGAUUCCUUACCUUGGGAAGGCUUUGAUUUUUAGAAAAGAUGCUUUCAAAUUCUUACUGGAUCAGCAAAAGAAACUUGGAGAUAUUUUCACUGUACAUAUUGCUGGUAGAUAUAUUACCUUUAUCAUGGACCCUUUUCAGUAUGUUUACGUCAUCCGAAAUAGCAAACAACUUGAGUUCCAUGAGUUUGCUGAUAAGAUGGCUUCCAAAACUUUUGACUAUCCAGCCUUGUCAAGUGUAAAAUUCCCCGAUCUCAAGGAAAACCUGCACAGAAUCUACCAGUAUCUACAAGGCAAGCCUUUGGAAAUUAUUUCUGACCACAUGAUGAAAAAUCUCCAGGAUAUAUUUGAAUGGAAAUGCUCGCAAGCAACAGAUUGGGAAACAGAAAAAAUGUACAAAUUCUGCUGCUCUGUAAUGUUUGAAGCCAGUUUUGUAACACUAUAUGGAAGAGUUCCUGCUGCAGAUGGCCGCAAAGUUAUUAGUGAAAUCAGAGACAAAUUUAUCAAGUUUGAUGCCAGCUUUCCCUAUUUAGCUGCAAACAUACCAAUUGAGUUGCUAGGAGCUACCAAGAAGGUUCGGAAGGAGCUUAUACAUCAUUUUUUACUUCAGAACAUGACAAAAUGGCUGGGAGGGUCAAAAGUGGUCCAAGCCAGACAAGAUAUAUUUGAGAAAUAUGAGCUGCUUGGAGAUUAUGACAAAGCAGCACAUCAUUUUGCCUUCCUGUGGGCCUCUGUGGGAAACACGAUUCCAGCUACAUUCUGGGCCAUGUAUUAUCUGCUGCGGCACCCAGAAGCUCUCGCAGCGGUGCGUGACGAGAUUGACCAUUUGCUGCAGUCAACAGGUCAGAAGAGAGGGCCCACGUAUAACAUCCACCUCACCAGAGAACAAUUGGACAACCUGGUCUACCUGGAGAGCGCCUUAAACGAGAGUUUACGGAUGUGCUCAUCUUCCAUGAACAUUCGCAUCAGCCAGGAGGAUUUUGUUCUCAAGCUCGAAGGAGAUCAAGAAGUCAGUUUGAGGAAAGGAGACUGGAUAGCCCUUUACCCUCAGAUUUUGCACAUGGACCCCGAGGUCUAUGAAGAUCCUAAGGAGUACAAGUUUGAUCGUUACAUAGAGAAUGGCAAGAAGAAAACUACCUUCUACAAGGCAGGAAGAAAACUGAAAUAUUUCCUAAUGCCCUUUGGCUCUGGGAUCAGCAUGUGUCCAGGGAGGUUCCUCGCAAUGAAUGAGAUGAAGAUGUUUCUUUUCUUACUUUUGGCUCAUUUUGAUGUAGAACUAGGGGAAAACAAAGCUGUCAGACUUGAUAAUGGUCGUAUGGGCCUUGGUAUCCUCCUGCCAGACACUGAUAUUGCCUUUCGUUACAAGCUGAGGUCCUUAAGAAAUUGAGCAGUUGCCUCUGUGCCUUCUACUAAUAUCAGUGUUUGCUCUGUUUCCUCACUCAGCUUUGUAUUUUUGGAAGUGUUUGCUUUUACCCUCUCUGCUUUCACCUCCUCCUUCCUUUUUUUCUAAGGAGAAAAGCCCUUGGGCUGGAGGUAGAUGUCAGACACAGGGACAUAAAACCUCUGUUUGUCCUGCCCGUGUUCUAAUGUGGUGAGAUGACAAGAACUUAGCUGAGUAAAUCAUCCCUAUGCGAAGGAUACCUGUACUCUUGGCCAUGAGUCAAGUAGGGUUUGGGUGAAGAUGGUGUCAAGCUGAAUCCAGGUGAUCAAAUUGGAAAUGGGCUCAGUAGCCACAUAUUGGAAAUUCUCAAGCUCUCUAGAAACCUGACAGUCCAGAUACACUGCAGGCACAUUGACAGAGCCAAAAGACCUCCUACCAUCACUGUGCCAUGAGGUUCCCCCCUGCUGGAUUGAGAAGUCACUCACCAUCAGGAGGCAUGACUGCAUCUGCUUGUGGAAAAAUAGUAGUGAGAAAGGGGGGUCUUAAUUCUGGAGGGCUAAAGGAUUUUUUAGAGAUAAUUAUUUUAACUUUUUGUUUACUCUGUUCCCUUUUGUGGUGUCUUAGUCCUUAUUUGAGAGGUGUAGUGGAAGCGAUAUGGAGUGGGGGUGAUUUGCAAAAACGUAUUACUGGCAACACAUCACUGACUCCAGUGAUUUGUAGUGAGGGUAAAUGCUUUUUUUUUUUUUUCCUCAAUGAAAAGAAAUUAAAAUCUGUGAUUUUUCCUGCAGCCAGUUGAACUCAGAGUGGAGGCUCUGUUGAUUUUAAUAGGAUCUGGAUCAAGCAGAAAUUAUCUGUUUGGGUUUUUGAGCCAAAAAAAGUAUACUCUUCAGGGAGAAAAUUUAUGAGCCUUUUUGAAAUGAUUCCAUCAUCUCAAAAAUUACCUUAUGUUUGUCUUACAAUUUUACUAGUAGCAUAUAUGUGUUUAGUUUGACAAUUUCUUGUGUUUGUUAGUUUCCCCAAAAAGGCAAAAGAAUGAGAGGGCUUCAAGGACAAGUGUGGUGUCUAAAACUGCUUUUUAAUAGUAUUUUAAUGUGCCUAAGCUGUGCAUAGGCAGACUAGUGUGACCUCUGUUUGGAAACAAAAUUAUCUCUCUACAAGUUGGAAAACGGGCUCUUCUUUGGGGCCAAAAUCUGAGCAAGUGAAAACACCAGGCAGACACAGAAGCUGACUGCAGUUGAGCUGCACAACCUGCUCCACUGGGUGAUCCUGUUUCAAACAUGAAUUUUUUGCUGCACAGUAUGCAAAAUAUAAAAUUUUAUACCCUGUCUCUCUCUAGUCAAACCCUCUCUCACUUUGGAGAUGGAGAAGGAUUCUUGUGGCUGUCCAGUCUCAAUUUGCCAUGAGCAUAACUGUAAUGGGAGACCAGCCAUGUUUGUUGGCCUUGCUUUGUGUUCCCCAAAAAUUUUGUUUGAGAUACGCCAGCAUACGUUCUGCCCACACUGCCAGCUGAUGAAUAACAGUGCUCUACAUGAACUUUCACUGAUACUCUCAAGUGUCCCGUCACCAUUCAUAGAAGUUAAAGAAAGAUGAAUAAUCACUGCAAGUGCAGGUUAGUUUGGGCAGUAAACCCUUAAUCUAUUCCGUGCCAGAAUUUGUGGUUCACUAACUAACUAAACAACACAGAACUGUUACCCUUGUCUGGACACUGCUGGAUGAACUGCUGGCUUAUCUGGAUUGGAGUACCCAGCAGCAUUAUAGAAACUUCUCAGUGAGUGCUAAGCAAAUCAUUAAAAAUACUAUUUUUCUCCAGUAUUUCAUUGUCUGCAUUCCUGUGUUUCAGAGUGUCCUGUUCUGACAGAGUUAACGAUGCCCCAAAAAAUUACCUGACACUCUACUUUAUACAAAAUACACAAAGCUCAGAAAACUUCAGCUGGAUUUGUCUUUUCCCAGUAGAGCAUCAGAGCCAUUGGUUCAUUUUGAGAAUACUGAGCUGAAAUUUCCUGUGCCUCAAUCUUGCAUGUCUUCCAAAAUCAGAGAUUUUACUUGUCUCAUAAGCACUUGAUAGCCUAUGGAUGGAAACUGCUAUGUACAUGAUAAGGUUUAGAAUUAUUUGUUGUGUUUUGUGUAGAAGACUGUUCAGUUAUUCGUGUAAAGCACAUACCCUAAAUAAACAUCAGUAGAAAGGCUUUCAGAAAUUGACACAGCCACAUUCCAAAUCCUCUGAGUAGAAAAUUGUGUUUUUGUGAGAUAUAUUGGAUUAAUAUUUUCUCUUCAUAUAUAAUAUCAAUAAUGUCUACAAUGUUGGAGUACAGUUACAUUAAAUAGGCUUUGCGGUUGAUUAAAUGCCUUAACUUUGCUUCAACAUUUAAUCAACACCAAAAGCUGAUUAUUGCUUUUUGUCACAGUAUAAAAUUUGUUUUUAUGGAGAGAUUCUUGUACUCAAGUUACUUACUGCUGUACUUACUUGGUAGGAGCUAUUCUGUACUUGGCCAUAGCUCAUAAUCCAGUUUGGACAUUAGAGCCUAUUUUAUUGAGAGAGGAAAUGCUGAUAUCAUUACACUGUUGACUGUAUUACAUUAUUGUUUAAAUGUAAGCUGUAAAAUGUCUCAUGCCACAGUUAGGAUAAAUCUUUCUUUGGCAUCCAACUUUGAAACAAACCUGAAGCAACUGCGAAAAUAACAGUAGGUAUUUGUUUUAAACAUAAGACUUUUUUUGUAAUGGUAAUCUAUUUUUAGGAUUUUGAAUUAGUAUAUCGCAGGCUGCUGCAUAAUUUAGUGGGACACUUCGUGCCAAAAGUACAUGCAAAUCAUUAGUAAUUUCAGAUUAAUUGCUAAUCGGUUUGUACAGUAUCUGUUUUGGAAUUAAAAGGAGAUCUAGAUUGUCUCCAAACGAACAAAUUACAGCUGUAGGCCUCACUUCUUCAUUUGAAAGAAAAAAGAAAAAGAAAAAAGAAGAAAGAAACAAGGUUUCAGAGUCAUACUGGGAACUGAAGGAAAGCUCUGUGAAGGUGCUCAGAAGCUGUGCCUCUGGGUUGGAGUCCACACCUCACACCACACAGGAGGACAGUGAUUUCGUGGGAUAAAGUCAGUCAGUUGCAAUUUUUGCUCAGGAGCCAAAGUGACCAAACUUGGAGCAAGGCCUGCCCAGCUUGUCCUGGAGCUGUGUCCCUUAGGACCCACGAUCCUGGUGGAUGACCUUUGCUAGCGAGCAGUGCAUCACUGAGGUGGGGCCUGCAUCCCUUUGCAGGCAGGAUAAGGCUCACUGCUUUAAAGUCGGAGUGUUAAAGCAGGAGAGAGGAAGCGCUGGGCCUGGUCAUCCUGCUGGUUCACGUACUCUGCAGCUGACCCAGUGAGUCAGCAGCCAGCUGACUGGGAGCAGGGAACUCUCCUCAGAGCAGGGAACAAGGCCCGUGGUGCUGGUAUUCCUGGUUGAAAAGCAGCAAAACGGGACAGGCCUGCAGCAUCCCUGGGGGCCCGGCUGGAGCCAAGAUGGCCACAGAGCGCUGCCCAGGGAAGAGGGCCAGCUUUGUGUGUUUGGCUGCAGCGCCCAGGAGGCACCAGCUUGGUGCCGGUCACUCAGGCACUGUGAUGGCUAAACCACUCAAGUAGAAACCCGCAGAAGCUGCGUUGGCAGGCAGUCAGCUGCCAGCCAUGCAGGGCCGGCUCCGUUGCUGACCAGUGGGAGUGACCAGAGGGCUCUGUGGGGCCGGGGCUGCCUCUGCUCUGCAUAGGGUGACAUGGGGCACCCACUCCUCAGUGUUACAGGUGACUGUGCUGGGCUGUACUGGCCUCCAGUUAUAGGCUAUCACUGUGUAUGGUUAUAUUGUCACUGUCUUCUGCUUUUAUGGGGAAAAAAAAUAUAUAUAUCUUUGUUUCUGAUAUAAAAUAAGUUUAUUAAAUUGGUGUGGCCCUUUAUAGCACCUGAGCAGGAAGCUGAAUUCAUCAUGAACUAAUGUGAAUGCUAAAAUGUGAUUUUUUUACCGCUAUUCUUCUAAUUUACAGUUUGUUCUGCACUGUUGUGCUGCCUCUCACUGUUGCUGUGACCCACCACCAACUCACUAACCCGUUCUGUGUCUCAAAGGAUCAUGCUGGUCUAUGAACAUCUCUUUGCAAAUUUGACUUCCACAUCUCUGCCGAUACGUCAUAAUGUAAUAAUCUAAAACCAUGUAAGAGUGUAAGAGUUGUUUAGAAUGUUAUGCAUGUCACUGUUUUUGGCGUUGCGCUUUUUUCCUUCAUUUUUUUUUUUCAGUGAUUGCUGGUCUGUGAAUUUCUCUUGUAGAAUUAUAAAUGAUCUUUUAUGUCAUCGUUACUGAACUUUCUGUCAUUCAGAAGAUUGUGAAUUGCUCUUAAUUGCAAAAACUGACAUUUUGUAUAUAGAUGGACAAUGGUUAGGCUUUAUUUUAAUAGUUAAUAUCCAUCAUUAAGGCUCUUAGGUCGAAUAAGAUACGUCGUGAAUUUCUAAGCAAGAAAAUUGAAACUUCAUUAUUUUAGUAAUCUAACAUCUUAAGUGAUUUUUGUAUUUCAAGGACACGUAAAAAUAUAUCUAUUUUAAUAUUGAA